AUGGAAGGAGGAGCUGCUGCUGCCGUUGAAGUUCUAGUUCAAAACCUCAUCGACCUUUCCAAGAAAGAGAUCUCUCAAAUCCGAGGUCUCGACAAAGAUGCAGCAAAGCUAGCUGGGAGUCUCGACGUGAUCAAAAAUUUCUUGAAGGAUGCCGAGACGCGUGAGAUCACCAGCGAUGCUGUCAAGAGCUGGCUGAAGAAGCUUGAAAACGAGGCGUUCGAUGCUGACAAUGUUUUGGAUGAAAUCAACUAUCAUAUUCUCUCCAAACAAAUCAAGCCCGCCGAACCCAUGAAGGCGAAGGUACUAUCAUGCUUCUCAUCAUCCUUCAAUUCUAUUGCGCGUCGGAGAAAAAUGGCUGUUAGAAUCCAAGAAAUCAAUGAGAAUUUGGAGUCUAUUAAGAAAGAGGCCACCGAGCUUGGCCUCGUAGCGAAGCUUGAAAAUGAGCCCACCUUGGUUAAUACUGCUAUUUUUGAAACUGAUUCAUUCACUCUUGAUCCUAUUUUUAUUGGAAGAGAAGAUGUUACGUCGAAAAUAGUUGAGAUGCUUGACAUCUUGUCAAGUGGAAAUUGCUAG